AUGGCAUCCGACUUAGAAACCCAAGUUGAGAAUGAAAAGCCUUUACCGCAACUCAAUUCCCCGCUUGAUUCAGAUUUGGAAGAGUUCAAGCCCAAGCCACAUCCACAAUCAUCUGGUUACUCUAUACCGUUUUGGCGAAAAUGCUUAAUUCUAUUCGUUGUCAGUUGGAUGACUCUCGCUGUAACAUUUUCUAGCACAUCUUUACUACCAGCAACGCCAGAAAUCGCAAAUGAAUUUUCAACAACAUCGGAAAUUCUCGAUGUUAUCAAUGCGGGGGUACUCAUUGCUAUGGGAUGUUCCUCAUUUAUUUGGGGACCUGUCACUAAUGUUUGGGGGAGACGGGUAGCUUAUAAUGCUGCUAUUAUUGUCCUCUGUGCUUGCUCUGCCGGCACAGCUGCCUCAAUUAAUUUGCAUAUGUUUAUUGCGAUGCGUCUUCUCAGUGGUUUCACUGGUACUUUCUUCAUGGUCGCGGGACAAACCAUUAUUGCGGAUAUCUUUGAACCGGUUGUGCGUGGAACUGCUGUGGGAUUUAUGAUGGUCGGAUCUGUUAGCGGGCCUGCGAUUGGCAUUAUCGUUACUUACUCUCAAUGGCGCAAUAUCUACUGGCUUCAAUUCGGCAUGACCGCACUCGGUCUCGUCCUUUCACUUCUUUUCGUCCCGAAUCUCGAAACGAAGAAAGAGAACAAGCCUGCUCGUACCAUAUCCUUUAUUCUAAGCAUGUUCAACCCCCUCCGCAUCUUCGGCCCCUUCAUUUAUCCAAAUGUUUUCCUUUGCCACUUCACCUGUGGAUUGCUAUCAACAUUUCAAUAUGCUCUCCUCACAUCAGCCCGCUCCAUCUUCGAUCUCCGUUUCAACCUAACCUCACCACUAGUUAGCGGUCUCUUCUACCUCUCCCCAGGAAUUGGAUUCUUCAUCGGAAGUGUGCUGGGCGGCAGAUUAUCCGAUCGAGCCGUACGAAAAUGGAUCGUCAAGCGCAACGGUGUCCGUCUCCCUCAAGAUCGACUCAACAGUGGUCUGGCCACACUGUUUCUAGUUCUACCCAUCGGUAUCUUGAUAUAUUCCUGGACCCUAGAAGAGGGGGUAGGCGGUAUGCCUGUACCAAUCAUUGCUGCGUUCUUUGCGGCCAUUGGACUCAUGGGCUCCUUCAAUGGAUUAAAUACAUACUCAGCGGAGGUCAUGCCACAUAUCCGUUCCGAGGUAAUCAGUGGAAAGUAUGUCGUACAGUAUCUUUUUUCGGCUGGUUCUACCGCUGCUGUUGACCCCUUGAUCGGGGCGAUAGGCGUUGGAUGGACAUUUACGAUCUGCGUUUUCUUUGCCCUGCUUGGAGGUGUCAACGUCUGGAUCAUUACCAGAUGGGGUGUUGAUAUGCAGCGAUGGGUGGAAGGGAAAUUUGGAAUCGAAGCAAAGCCGACAUGA